AAUAUCUCGACCACCAGCUUCUCAACAAAACACACACCCAACACCGGCAAAGAGAGAUCGAGCUCACAGGAGACACGAGGAUGGGAAGGAAGAGAGAUGCUGAGGCCGAGCUCAACCUGCCACCGGGGUUCCGGUUCCACCCCACCGACGAGGAGCUCGUCGUGCACUACCUGUGCAGGAAGAUAGCCUGCCAGCGCCCGGCCGUACCUAUCAUCGCCGAGAUCGAUCUCUACAAAUAUGACCCUUGGGAAUUACCAGACAAAUCAUUGUUUGGACAAAGGGAGUGGUAUUUCUUCACCCCCCGUGACCGCAAGUACCCAAACGGCUCGAGGCCGAACCGGAGUGCCGGGAAGGGAUACUGGAAGGCAACUGGUGCCGAUAAGCCGAUCUCGCCCAAGGGGAGCAACAGGACCGUUGGGAUCAAGAAAGCUUUGGUCUUUUACUCCGGGAAGGCACCACGAGGAGUGAAGACGGACUGGAUCAUGCAUGAAUACAGAGUGGCUGAUACAAACCGCAAAUCCAAUAAGGGAAGCCUCAGGUUGGACGACUGGGUUCUUUGCCGGCUAUACAACAAGAAGAACACCUGGGAGAAGAUGCAGCAGCAGCAAAAGGAGGAGACAUCCUUCGGAUUGACCAUGGAUUCAUUGGACGAUACAGGGUCGGACAGCUUCAGGACGCCAGAAUCCGAUGUCGAAAACGAUGAUGUGCUGCCAGACUUCGAUGAUUUAGGUUAUCCAUCCCAAGCUUCUACUGGAGGACAAGCAUUAAGCACCAGCAGAGCAGUAGGACUCCAGAUGGUCGAAAAGAUUGAGAAGGAAGAUGAGUGGUUCAUGGACUUGAAACUGGAUGACUUGCAGAGCUCCUUCAUGGGCUUCGGAUCAACACCUUCCAUGGAUGCAACAAACCAAGAUUAUUACUUCCAAUCCUUUGCACCUCCAAUGCAUAGACCAAGCGGCACCAACAUGUUACCAUUCUGAAUUAAGUUGAAAGUCAAAAAUGUAACUAGAGUACAAGAAUAGGGUAGUAUAGGAGGAUGGCAGAUCAAAGAUCUAGUUAAUAUCAAUGGAUUUAUUUGCUUCA